AUGGGGAACACCACCAGCGAGCGCGCGGCCGGGGAGCGCCACAAGGCGGCCCGCGGCGAGGGCCCCGGCGGCGCCGGCCCCGGCAAGGAGCACAAGAUCAUGGUGGGGAGCACGGACGACCGCGUCUUCAGCCUGCCCGACGCCAAGCUCCCUGGGGACAAAGAGUUUGUAUCAUGGCAGCAGGAUCUGGAGGACUCCGUAAAGCCCGCACAGCAGGCCCGACCCACUGUUAUCCGCUGGUCUGAAGGAGGCAAGGAGGUCUUCAUCUCUGGGUCCUUCAACAAUUGGAGCACCAAGAUUCCGCUGAUUAAGAGCCAUAAUGACUUUGUCGCCAUCCUGGACCUCCCUGAGGGAGAGCACCAGUACAAGUUCUUUGUGGACGGACAGUGGGUUCAUGACCCAUCUGAGCCUGUGGUAACCAGUCAACUUGGCACAAUUAACAACUUGAUCCAUGUCAAGAAAUCCGAUUUUGAGGUGUUUGAUGCUCUAAAGCUAGAUUCUAUGGAAAGUUCGGAGACAUCCUGCCGAGACCUUUCCAGCUCUCCCCCAGGGCCAUAUGGGCAAGAAAUGUAUGUGUUUCGAUCUGAGGAGAGAUUCAAAUCCCCACCCAUCCUUCCUCCUCACCUUCUCCAGGUUAUUCUUAACAAGGACACCAAUAUUUCUUGUGACCCAGCCUUGCUCCCCGAGCCCAAUCAUGUUAUGCUGAACCAUCUCUAUGCAUUGUCCAUCAAGGACAGCGUGAUGGUGCUUAGCGCAACCCAUCGCUACAAGAAGAAGUAUGUCACUACUCUGCUGUAUAAGCCCAUCUGAGGGGACCCUGCCGCCUCCGGGAUUCAGGAGAAGCUUCUCCCUAGCCUUUCUGGACUGGACCAGUCUUACCUGAGACUGGACGCUGAUUUGCUUUGAGGCUGAUACGUGUGUUUCAGAGCCUCUGAGUAGGAUGCUCUGCUUUUACAUUUGAUUGCAGAUGAGAGCUUUGAGUUCAUGGAAUUUAUUUUAAGAAAAAAUUAUAUAUAUCUAUAUAUAUAUUCAUAUGAGAGGAAAGUUAAUGGAAGUGUCCUAGCUAGAUGUAUCGUCUGCCUUUGGGGACUCACCAGGACCUGUUUGGGGAGUGCAGGAAGAACCACGAUAGGAAACUUCACUCCCUCAGAUGAGCAAGCAGCACACGCUCAGGACCGUGGUUGGGAGGAGAGUCUGACGUAGCUGCUGUGGCUGCCCCGGGGCGGGCUGGUGCCAGGCUGCUGCCCACUCACUGCUGCCUCCUUGCAGGGGCAGCUCUCCUGCAUGGGUUUGCUGUUUCCCCAGAAUAUGUGGCAGUCUCUGUUUUUUAUACCAUACCAGAUGCCCCCCAAGAACCCUAGUCCCUCUCACUUCACAUUCUUGCUUUGGUACCCUUCAGAUCCCAUACUUGACCGCUCUCUCACACAAACCUCCGGGUAAGUGACCCCUUUCAAAGGCCGUGGGAGACCUGAGAGCCCAGGGCUGCCAAAAAGACUCCUCUUUCUGGCUCAGGCCCAGGCCACUUUUUAUUACCACUUGUUUCAGCUUCCGCUAAAGAAAACAUGGCUCCGCAUUAUGCAUUACACAAAAGGCAGAUGAUCUUUGUUCUUGUUUCAAUUUGGGGCCAUGGCGCCGGCUGUACUGGCCAUGGGUCCUCCCAUCUUGCUCACCUUCCUUCUGACUUUGCGAUCAGGGUGGACAGCUUUGAAGAUGGGAUGGAGCCAGGAAAAGCGUCCAUCCUUGGAAGAUUUUUAUGUGCCUAUAUUUUUCUUUAGUUAAAAAAUGCCUUUUCAUUGGUCCUGAGAGACAGCAUAGGGGAACCUCACGGUUUUCUCUAGUCUGGCCCUCCACAGCCUUCUAUAUAUGCGGCCAACCCUGUGCUCAUCUAGACAUAGAUUCACUUGGGCGCUUUCAGUGCACUUCACAGGACCCUCGGCUUGGGGUCCAUGAGGCCAAGCAAGAAGGUACCCCUGGUUUUCCCAACUCAAAAAGUAUAGCUUCCCUGCACUAAAUGCUAACAAGAUCAUUUUGUUCUUCUGCCUCUACUGUUAAAGUGGGUUUGAUGAUGAGGUGGGGUCAAAGAUUUGGACUGAAAAGUAACAACUAUUCAAACCACUCUUGGGGUUCACAGUUAAACAUUUUUCUCCAAGUAUCUGUGGCUCUUCCAUUACAGAUAAAUGCAAGUCAAACAUUCAGCACUGAAGGAGACCAAACUUGAUGCUUGAGAGACUCCCUGACUGCUAAGAUGAGUCCUGCCACACUGAAAGGGCACCCACAGGUCAGUUUAGCUACCUCCUGGCUUCCCCGUGCACAGCUGGCAACAGUGUGGGCUCCGGGUGUGCAGGCCUAGACCCCAGGGUGAGGCGACAGGGCAUGGGGGCGCUGGUUGGGAAUGCAGAUGCCUAAGUGCUCUGGCAGCUAAUUGCUAAGAGUAAAUACUACUUUAGCCACUCAAGGCCACCUCCUUCUAUGAAAGGCUUUUGUUGAGAACCUUUCGUGGUCCCAGCCCCUGUCUGGAAUGGUGGGCCGUUCUCGAAACCCAGGCCAAACCCUACUGUAUAUAACCAGCUCUCAGGAUCUGCGUUGUCUUCAGUUACACUCAACUCUUGUCUUUAUCCAAUACCAGUUAAGGAAGUUGGCCACUUAGCAGGACUCAAACUCUUUGUAUUGUAUUCAUAUUUCUUGUCAGCAGUAUUGCAGUGCCAUUGUCUGUGUAUUUGCGUAUUAAAACUUAUACUCCACACAGGUGUAUCAGUCGAGUGGGGCAGGAAGAGAGCCUUUCAGUUUCUCUCAGGUCAGAGGCUUCUGUGAAUUGGGUCUGGCUCCAAGGACAGUAGGUUUGGGUUCUUCAGAUCUUUCUAAUCUGGAAACAUGCAGAGUGUCAGUUUCCCCAGGUUUUGAGGUCACCUCUCAGCCAGAUGUGAAACGGAAGCCAGAAGGGGAUGGGUAAGGGGACGCGGGCGCCGGCUCCAACACUGUCCCUUUUCUGCACUGCCAGUGCGUCUUGUGGCCCUGAGGAGCCUCCUCACACUCAGUCUCUCCCCAAGAAACAGUUCUAGAAGGUAGAGAGGGAAGGAGGAAGUAAUCCGGUGUACGGCUCGCUCACCCUUUCAUAUUGGGUAAAGAGAGAGUUUGGCAGACUUUGGGGAAUAAAUUGUUUCAUUUGGCCUGUGGAAGGUUCACAGUCAGGGCUGGUGAAAUAAGGGCUGACUCUUAAGCAACUGCAUCAUGGUUUAGGGGUGGAGGGGGGAGGGCUGAACUGAAGAGUGAUGCUAGGAAAAUAAAGACUUAAGUAGCUCAAAACUGAGAUUUUUAAUCUCUUAAUUAAGUCGAACAUAUACUGGUUUCCCUGCAUCUCACUGUUCAGACUCCACUGUAGAAAACAUCCCCGUGGCCUCUUCCUGUUCUCUGCUCUUCCUUCUAGUCUCUGCUUUAACAACACUUACCAAGGAGACUUUACCAGGACCUCAAAUCAAACACAACCUAAACCAAAUGUUAGUUACUUGCUGGUUUGGAGAACUUCCACAUCAUGGUUCCGAGCUUAUUGGCUUUCAGCUUAGACUUGAAGGGGAAUUGAGCCACCGUAGGCAACACCCUGAAGUACACACCUGCCCUCAACAGCGCUUCUUACCUGGUAGAGACAAGAGAACUUUCUGAGGGGGUCCCAUAAACCGAUACUUACUUCGCUCCAACUAUCUCUACUCGAGUUGAGAGAUAAAGCCUUUGGAAAGUGUUGCUGCUAAAAUGAAGUUAAAUUUGGAAAGAAGUGUUUUACUUUAGGCUGGGUUUAUGUUAGUCUGGAGUUUAAAUGAAUGAGACAUGCUAAUAAUAAAAGUUCCUGCUUUUAGUUGGGGAAAUAGGGCUUUUAAAUUUUGGCCUCACUACAGAUGAUAUGCAGCAGUUUGUAUGUGCUGGAAACGUAUUCUAGUCAGAGAUUUAUAAAUCCUCAUGUUCUAGUUAUUUGGGGCACACACUUAACAGAUACACAGUUUGUUCCUACAUUUUUCUAACUCAUCCUUAAAGCCAAGUUAAGUUCUUGCUGUUUUCUACCAGAAUCUGCUGACUCUGGUGACGCAUGGAAGAGACAGCCUGGAGGGUUGGGGCCUAGGGUCUGUCACAACUCAACCUCCACAUUUCUCUCUCCUUGUCCACCACUCGCAAUUGGAGAUUGAAGGGCUUUGUUUUCUGCAGUGAACCCAAACUUUAGUAGUAAAAAGGCCAAAUCUGCUUUAAUGUUAUAAGAAGGGAGGAAAAGUGAGCAACCCAAGAGUCUUACUUAUAGAAUCCAGUUCUAAGCUUUGGACUCCAUCCAGGAUUCUAGUUUGGGGUUUGUAUUGAUAUGCUUUUCUCAGCUGUGCUUUGAAGUGAAUGAGUCUCAUUAACAAUUAAAUUUUUUCUUAGUUGCAAAAUUAGUUGGAGUUGAACUACCGCGUGCAUCACAGUGCUUUUAUAGUAAAACUGGUGUGAAAGACUAAACAUGCUGUGGAUUUUGCAGUCAGCUUAAAUGGUCAGGGAAUACCGAACCUAAGCGUUAGGCUGUGGGUGGAGAGUCUUUUCUGUUCCCGCCUGCAGUACACGCUCCUCACCCAAUUGGUGGCUUCAGGUUAGGCCAAGCUCACUGGUGUGGUUUAGUUCUAAUCUCCACACUGGGCCCCAGAUAUGACACCUGUUUGAAUUUUGGUAGAUUGGAGAAUGUUGAUUGUUACUACACUGAAGCAUUUUGAAUACGGGCAGCUCUGUCAUAAAUGGAGAAUAAGACUCUGGUUUGAAAGGUUUUAAAUAUGUGAGUCUGCAUUUAAAUGGUGCUUUUUGUAAUCUCUAGUGCUGAGAUACAGAGCUGCUUUUCAACAUUUCACAGUGGAAUGGCACACAGGAAUAGAUGUUCAAGCUUUUCCUAAAUGUGAUUUGUCACUGGACUCUGACAUGUCUGAAAAUUAUGUGAUGUAACACAAAAAUGGGGGGGUUUUUCCCCCCCAUAAAACUGUUGAAUAAAAGUAUUAUAC